AUGCAUCGAUCUGUUAUCAGACAUAUGAUGGUUUUGCACCUAAACUACGCCCUGCGAGAUUGCUUGAUCCGUCUUUAUUUCGACUGUUUCAAUACUGUCACACGUCAUGGCGAGAUAGCGCUACAGCGGUCCGUCAGGAGUUACUUGAACUUUCGGCUCGCUGGACAGAACUUGGAUGACAGGGUUCUUGCCCAGGAACUUCAAGAGCAUAAGAGGGAUUAUGAGGAUUUGGAGACCGUGCAGAGACUCAAGCUGUGGCUCAAAAGGUCCCUUUAUACGAUCUCUGAUGGAUGGAUUCUUGAUGAUGUAUGGAUGCCGCGAGAGAUGCCCAUCGCGCUGCCUAUGAUGAAUGAAUACGGACGGCUAAAGAAGCCGAGGAUCGGGGGGAGGUGUUGA